AUGAAAAUAUUGACUUUAUUAUUUAUUGUUUAUCCAUUAUCCAUCAAUAUUCAAAUUUGUAAUGGAGAAAUUGAUUGUAGCAUCUAUAACAAUGAUCUUCAUGCUAUUGAUGUAAAUCAAUUUUAUAUUCCAGCUUCUUGGGGGCCUAAUAAUUAUACUUAUGUCAAUUACGAUAAUUAUUUCAGAGUCACAGAAUUUUGUGUAUUUAAUGAUCUUAAUCCAUCUUUAAGUGUUUAUUGUGUGCAAAAUUUAGAACAACUCAGAUUAGUCAAUACAAAUUUAACUAUUUUACCUGAAAUAAAAAAUUUUCAAAGAUUACAAUCAUUAAUAAUUGAUACAGAUAAUGGUGUUAUUGAUCAACAUUUACCAUCUGAAAUUGGACAAUUAGGAUCUUUAUUGGCUUUAAAAUUAUCUAACAUUACGUAUCUUGAAGAUUUACCUAAUGAAAUUGAAUAUUGGACUAAAUUACAAUCCUUAAUAUUAAUUGGAAUUCCAAAUUUUAAUAAAAUACCAGAUGAAGGUUUUGGAAAAUUAUCUCAACUUACUGAAUUAAGAUUUAUUGAUUUACCAAAUUUAUCAAAUAUUCCAUCAACAAUUAAUAAUCUUCAAUCAUUACAACAAUUAGAAAUAAACAAAACAAAUAUAAAUAGUUUAGAUUUAGAAAGCUUAUAUUCAUUAAAAUCAAUAUUAAUUUCAUUAAAUCCAAAUUUAAUCUCUUUAAAUAUGAAAAAUCUAUCUCUUGUUGCAACAAUAUCAGUAACAUAUAAUCAACAAUUAAAAACUAUGACAUUAGAAAACUUGCCCAAAUUGUACAUUUCUGAAUUUUAUUCAUUAUCAAGUCUUGAAGAAAUUUCAUUUGAAAAUGUACUUUCUUUAUCAACUAUUUCAAUUGUAUCAAAUCCUAAGCUGAAAAGUAUUUCAUUUAUUAAUAUACCAACAAUAAAAAGCCUUAUAUUGUCUGAAUGUGAACUAACAACGUUUCCUGAAAGUAUUUUAACAUUAAAAUCUUUACAAACAUUAAACAUGAAAUCAAAUAAAUUGUCAGCAUUACCAUUAACAUUUUCAACUGAUUUACCAAAUUUAAAAAUUUUGAAUUUGGAGAAUAAUCAAUUUCAAGGAUAUAUUUUUCAACCACCACUUAUUUAUGUUCGUGAACUUUAUUUAAAUGAUAAUUCAUUCACGUUUAUUGAUGGUAUUGGAAAAUAUAAAUCUUUAUCAAUAUUACAAUUAAAUAAAAAUCAAAUUUCAUCAAUUCCGCUUGAAAUUACGGGAAUAUCACCAACAUUAACUAGACUAUUCAUUGAAAACAAUUUAUUAACUGAUAUUCAAUAUUCUAUGGUUAACAUGAGAUCAUUAAAUGUGUUUUAUGCUAGAAACAAUUCUAUUCCACUUGAAAAACGCACUGCUCUCGAACAAUUAUUCGCAAGAGCACGAAAGGCAUUUCACGUAUAA